AUUCGUUUCUUCAGCAGGUAUGCUGUUAACUUUUGAUAUGGGAUAUUGUACCAAUCACAUUCAAUGUGCUUUUAAUAAAUUUUGUUGUCUGCAAAUAUAAUGGACAGCUAAAUAUUUGCUACUCUCUGAGCUUUCAAUUAUUGUUAUUCUUCACUGUGACGUUAUAGAGCGAUUUAUUUACACUAAACAGUGAAAAUCAGUGUGUUGUUCAGUGAAUUUGAUGAUGUUAUGAUUAAAUCCCUUGGAAGUCGGUAUUUGAUGACAUACAACUAGUGAUUAAUUGAGUGUGGUGAAAGUCAAACAGUUAUUGUUAACUGACGCUUGCUGUUGCAGUUGAUAGGUAGUAUUGAGGAAAAAGAGCCUUCAAUGAGAGAGUACACUAUGGGGAAAGACAAGGGUUUAAUCACUGCAGUGCAGAAAGCUAUUUGACACAUGCUGUAUAUGCCUCCCUGCCUCCUAACAACUUUAUACAUGGAUUGAAGUUAAUAGCUGGAUAGCUGAUAUGAGCUGCUAGUUCCAGGAGAGAUAUUUCAUAUAUCAGGGGCCCUCAUGUUCCAGUGUGAUGUUGAUGCAGGGGGCAGUCACUCUGUGUCUGUCCACUCCACAAUGCUGCAGCCAUGACUGAUAUGGACAAACAUAUCAAACAGACAAAUGAUAGAUUGCAGUGUAUUAAACAGCAACUUCAGAGUCCUGCGGCAUUCCACAGUGCAGCAAGGGAGCUACUAGAGUGGUGUUCUGAUGUUCGAGCAUUCCAGGGACCAUUUGAACCAACCCUCAUUUCUUGCCUAACUGUGGUGAGUCGAGUGGCAGUACAGUCAGGGUUUGACCUUGACCUUGGCUACCGGCUACUGGCAGUUUGCGCUGCUAACAGGGACAAAUUUACUCCGAAAUCCUCAGGUCUGCUGUCCACAUGGUGUGAAGAGCUAGGCCAACAGCUUCUAGUCCGGCACGAGAAGUCAAGUCCUGCGGACAAGGGGCGCCCUGGGGACAUGCACCCACACCUCCAGAAACCAAUGGGGGGAAUGGGCGCAUGUGACCCGAAUGUUGGAUGGCAAGGGCAGGUCGGUGGGGCUGGACCCCAACAGUCAUUGUCUGUGGUUACCACAGUGUGGGGUGUAACCCCCACCACGCAGACUACACCCUACAAUCACUCCACCCCUGGUGGCUACAGCACCAACACAACCAUGUCAAACACAAACUACACACAACCUCAGGGAUAUCCCAUGAACCAGAUGCAGAAGCCAGGAUAUGAGGCCAAUCCUGGGCUCUACCAUCGCAGCAACUCAUAUCCAUGUCCAAGUAGCUACCCACCAACCCCCAACACGCCUGGAUCCAAUAAUUGUACCCCGGGCUCCAUGACACCAAAGAACGACUACCAUGCACCACAGGCUGCGUUAUCAGCAGCAGCUUUGGUAGCAGCAGCGGCGACAGCAACUGCAACGGCAACAGCAACUGCAACCUUGCUACAGGAGCAACAGAAUCAGCAACAGCAGUAUGAUAUGCAGUACAACAGCCAGUACAACUCUCAGAUGCAGAUGAUGCCAGGCAUCCAGCCUCCCCAGUAUGGCCAGGGCUAUGGGACAAUGCCCCAGCGUCACCCCAACCCCAUGGGCAUGGGUCGGUCCCCUGCACCUGGGCCUGGACCCAUGAAGAACAACAUGAUGGGCAUGUACCAGCGACGGUCUGCUUCUGCACCCUACCCGCCCCAGAUGAUGAACAAAAUGCAGGGUAUGCCAGGGCAGGGUAUGCCAGGGCAGGGUAUGCCAGGGCAGGGCAUGGCAGGCAAUCGACCCAUGGCACAGUACCCUCCCAAUGGCGCACAGUAUGGCCCAGCUGUGCCCUACUCCCAGGGUUAUGGCAGUAAGCCCCAGUAUCCCAGCCAGCAGCCCUUACCAUCCCCUACCUACGGCCCGGGCCCACAGGCAGGUCCCAUGAGACCCAAUGGCCCUUACACUAAUGGUGGACAGAACCCCUACAUGAACCAGGGCCAGUUUCCCCAGACACGCCCCACCAUGAACCCAAACAUGAAUGGGCAGGUGUACAACCACUUCAACACAAAUCCAUCACAAAGCACUUUUCAGCCUACCAACAACAUGAACAAUAUAAACAACAUGAACAACAUGAACUACCCGCACUCUCCAUUGCCUGGCAACCCCACCCCUCCCAUGACACCCAACAGUGUCCCCUACCCACCUGACGUCAAACCAAAUAUCAUGGGGCCUGGAGCCAUAAAGAAAGAAAUCGAUGAACUUCGAUUAACGUUCCCUGUCCGAGAUGGUGUAGUGUUGCCACCAUUUCGACUGGAACACAACCUCGCCGUUAGCAACCAUGUCUUCCAUCUGCGAGAGUCGGUCUACCAAACACUCAUGUGGAGAUCUGACCUGGAGUUACAGCUGAAGUGUUUCCAUCACGAGGACCGACAGAUGAACACGAACUGGCCCGCCUCCGUGACAGUGAGUGUGAAUGCGACGCCGCUGCAGAUCGAGCGUGGGGAACACAAGACGGCGCACAGGCCCCUCUACUUGAAGGAGGUCUGCAGACCCGGGCGAAACACCAUACAGAUCACCGUGACAGCAUGCUGUUGUUCUCAUUUGUUUGUGUUGCAACUUGUGCACCGACCAAGUGUGCGUUCUGUCCUGCAAGGCUUACUACGCAAACGCCUGCUACCUGCUGAGCAUUGCAUCACCAAAAUUAAAAGGAACUUCACGAAUGCUGUGUCCAACAAUGGGGUGGUCAGUGCAGAAGAUGGGGUGGAGCAGACAGGAAUCAAAAUAUCCCUCAAGUGUCCGAUCACGUUCCGACGCAUUGCUCUGCCCGCACGGGGGCACGACUGCAAACACAUACAGUGUUUUGACCUGGAGUCCUAUCUGCAACUAAACUGCGAGCGAGGCCAGUGGAGGUGCCCUGUAUGCAAUAAGCCUGCAUUGCUGGAGGGCCUAGAGAUAGACCAGUACAUCUGGGGCAUCCUUACCAACCUGAACAACACGGAGUUUGAGGAGGUGACCAUUGACCCCACGGCGUCAUGGAAACCAGUGCAGAUGAAAAGUACCGGUAUCAAGGAGGAAGACACUAGUGCUGACUCGUGUGCACGGUGGAUGAAGGCCAUGUCUCCAGCAAGCAUGCAGCUGCCCACCAUGAACAACUGGGACAUGGGUCCCCAGCACUCCCCCUACAACAGCAUGACAGCAUCAGGUCAGCACAGUCCUCCCUUUACAUCUGGAAGUUUUGGCGUCCAGAAUGGUGGUCCAGGGACACCAGGCUCUUAUCCACAAAAUGGGCCAAGCCCCCACAAUGGCAGCUUUAACAACAUGCUUCCCAUGUCACCUAUGAACAAUAACAUGGCAAAUAUGAAUCUGAACAAUUCUGGUGACAUGAUGAACAAAGGUGUGGGCAUGAUGACCUCCUCGAGUCAAGGUCAAUACCCCCUCUCACCGCCCGACAAUUCCCCUCACGUCCGUCACUCCGACCAAGCAAGCAUGCAUAACCACAACCCAGCAAAUACCAGCCAAUCACAGUCCAUGAGUAAUCAUAUCUCCACCAAUGGGACAGCGGCCUCACAGAUGUCGUUACCCAAUCAACAGUCAGUACCUCCCACCAGCCAGCAAGCCAUCUCUGUGCAUGAUGAUCUUAACUUUGACCCCACCGCCAUUAUUGAUGAUGAUGGCUCAGGGCCCACAUUUGAUCUUGACACCCUGGGGGGAGAUCCAUUGGAGCUGUUACCAUACCUGGGGCCCACAGAUGAUGUGGACACCCCGCCAAACUCCAGUUCAACCAAUCAGAGUAGUUCAAGUGUCACAAACACCACGAGUAACAAUGAAGACAUUCUCUCACUUUUUGACUCAUAGUUGCUAGAAACUGUACACAUUUAAGCGUGGUUUGAAUCAAAACAAAAUGUGCUUCAUGAAGGUGAAAGAAACAUGCAAGGACAAUGGUUGAAAAGAAAAUACAUCCUUGCGAUGAGAAGGCUUACAUGGACUGCUGGUAAACGAAGGAAAAAAUGUCGUACAAAUCUGUCGCAUAAAGGACAGUUUCCGUCUAGAAUCAACUGCAAAAUAGACAGGUUUGACGGCAGACUUAGUUACGUACAGUGUGACUGAAACACAACUAUAUUUAGUGCUAUUUGUUGUUACAUGGUUGUCAGGGAGUUGCAAAUGCCAAGAUGGCAUCAAAUAUGUGCUUUAGGCCAGUGUUGUUUAUGUUAUGAAAUACAUGCACAGCUAUGCUAUGACAUGCUGCAAAUGGAUCCAGGGAUUUGUUACUAAAACUAGCUGCUAUGCUGUGUAUUAAAAACACGUGUUGGAGGUUGAAGGGUUUAACUUUAACAUUCAGACCAAUAGAUCAAUCAGAUAUGAAUAUUUUACUGUGACUCUGAAGAGAACUUUUACAGGUUUUGCAUAUGGUCAAAACUUCUCAAUAAUGGAGCGUGAUCUCACUGAUGUCUGUGGUCUGUAUGAGGCUGAGCUGUGGGUGCAACGUGAGACUUCAGUGCUUCUUGUGAUUGUUUUCAUGGUUCAGUGUUAUUUAUUGAACACCAGACAGUAUUGUGACCAAUAUGUUCUUGCUUGUUUGUGCCUGUGUGUCCAUUGUUCAGACACAACGGCUCACUUAUGCCUGUAGCUUUUUACAUGACGUUUACUCCGAUAAAUGCUUAAGUCGCAUGUUCAACAAAAAAAAUGUAUUUUUUACCAAUAAGAUGUGAAAGGUCAAAAAGUCAAAUCCUAGUUCAUAUUUGAUAGUUUAAUUCCUUUUUGAUUUAACCCUUUGCAUGCUGGGAAAUUUGUCGUCUGCUAAAAUUUUGUCUGCUGAAUUUCUAAAAUUAGCAUUUUCUUCGAUUUUUUUGAAAGAAUACUAUCAGAAUAGCUAACAGUUUGGAUCCUGAUGAGACGCCACGUACUCGGGCAUCUCAUCAGGAUCCAAACUGUUUUCAAUGGCCUUCAAAAUUAGGUUCCAGCACUGAAAGGGUUAAAUAGAAUUUCGUUUCAAAAUAUAGUUCAAACAUACUGUUUUCAUAUUCAACUAAAUGUUUUGAUAGGCAGCAGGUUUCCACUAACUGUAUGUAAUUUAAAGAUGUUACAACAUAUUGAGAUGUAUUCAUUCUUUGUAUAUAUUUCCCUUGCAAGGCAUCAUCAUUAUUAUUUAGCAUGGCUUUUGACAGCGAUCCUUUAAAUCUUUAUGACUAUUUGUUAUUUAUUACAUGUAUAUGAUUGUCUGCUAAAAAAAGUAGCAUAUUUUAUAUUUAUGUGUUAAAUGUGUAAAGGUACUUUGUUACUGAGAUGUAUUUUUGCAUUGCAUGUUAUAUAUUUUUAGCAAUAUUCAUGAAUUUGCAAUAUACAGACAAAGAAAAUAUAAGUGUUAUGAGUAAAUUGAGGGUAUACAUCAAAGACUGUUUAAACUCCUAUAGUUUACUAGGAAAUGUUAAAAGUAUUAAUACUUAAUAGACCAAAAACUUAUGUGUAUGUAAUUGUGACUUUGUUCUUAACUGUUUGCUCUAGGAAAGGGAUUUUUGGUUGGGGAAGUCUAAACUUGAGGGAAAUAUCUCUGCAUGGGAAAAAUAUCAGUGGGGAAAAAAUCAGGAUUAGGUUAAUGUCUCAUACAUGUAAGACUAUUAACGUAGCUUUUAUCAACUAAGCAAAUAAAAUAAAAACUUGUUUGGUAAUAACUAUGUUUUUAAUAUUAGCAAUUAACUAUUUAUGUUUGCAAUUCCACACAACUUACAGCAAUAUACAAAUGUUGACAUCUAAUAAUGCAUUAUGCUUUAAGCCAAGGAAAUUUUUUAACUUUACAUUUAAAAAAUCACCAUGUUUCACUUCAAGGUAUCAUGUUUUAAGUAGUCACAUGUUUUAAUCUUGUUUAGUGAAAGCAGCAGUUUGUUUACGGUAAAUGUCCACUAAACCAUCAAUUUUCUGACGCAAUACAAACAUAACCGCAAUGUUCAUACUUCCAUUAAAGCAUCAUUUCAUUGUUUGUUGGUCAUUUAUUAUUGUACAUGCAGCAAUUAAUUAACAUUCAAUUUCAUUGAUAUAUUUAUUCAUUUAUUUUUUUCUGAGAGAAAGUACAACAUUUUUGUACAUGUUUUCAUUGUUAUUUAUGUUAAUGUAUGAUUCUUUGUACAGAAGUUUUGUUUAUAGUUACAAUACAUUGUAUCCAAUAUUGGUCAAUGUCAGUAGAAUUUGUAUAUAGGCUUGACAUUCUGUUUCCUGUUAGUAUCAUUUUGUUGAUGCGUAUUGACUAAGAAAGUACUUCCCAAUAGCUAUUGUCCUUAAUUUACAGUCUUAACUGCAAAAACUCAAAGAGUUUUCAUGGUCACAGUUGUUAAUAUUUCUUGAGUCUGGGGAAAAUCGGCUUAAAUCAAGUGUUUUCCCAGAUACGCCUUAGUGGACUGCACAUACUUAUCUGGGACAAAGCUUUACACAUAUGAGUCGCGUUCUGAUAAAACUGGGCAGUCCCCACAGGCUAAUCAGGGAGAAAGCUUUACACAUAUGAGUGGCGUUCUGAUAAAACUGGGCAGUCCGCACAGGCUAAUCUGGGACAAAGCUUUACACAUAUGAGUCGCGUUCUGAUAAAACUGGGCAGUCCGCACAGGCUAAUCUGGGACAAAGCUUUACACAUAUGAGUCGCGUUCUGAUAAAACUGGGCAGUCUGCACCGGCUAUUUAGGGACAAAGCUUUACACAUAUGAGUGGCGUUCUGAUAAAACUGGGCAGUCCGCACAGGCUAAUCAGGAACAAAGCUUUACACAUAUGAGUGGCGUUCUGAUAAAACUGGGCAGUCUGCACAGGCUAAUCAGGGACAAAGCUUUACACAUAUGAGUUGCGUUCUGAUAAAACUGGGCAGUCCGCACAGGCUAAUCUGGGACAAAGCUUUACACAUAUGAGUGGCGUUUUUGAUAAAACUGGGCAGUCUGCACAGGCUAAUCAGGGAUGACACUUUCCUCCUAAACUAGAUUUUAGCUAAGAAGAGACUUUCUUUAAACAGAAAAUAUAAAAGCAGAAAGUGUUGUCCCUGAUUAGCCUGUGUGGACUGCACAUUCUAAUCUGGGAGAUGCCACUUUACGCACAUGUAUUAAGGCCAGUUGUGUCAGAACAAGGCUCAUUUCAUACCCAUUCUUCUGUCAUUCAGCUUUGUCAUCUUUAGUACAUGAACAUUUUGUUUGCCAGUAAUUGUUCCCUGUUCUGUUGUACAACAACAUUUAAGUGCUGAAGUUUUGCAAUCUACACAAAUAUUUCAUUAAUAAUUUUUAUCUUUACAACAAGAACAAAGUUUGGAUAUUAUGUCAUGUUGAAGAUUUUUUUCUGAUAAAUAUAGGGCAGCAUACACCAUUUCUCUGCAAUUGCACAAAGCAAACUCAACACUGUUUAGCAAUUCUUUUUAUAUGUCAAUAUUCUGGUUGUGACUUUUUAUGUAUUCUUCUUUAAUGUUCAGUUUCCUCUUUUUUUCUACAAUGUCUCUCUGUAUCCAUUUAUGAUUUAUUAAUAUUUCAGCUUGGAAAGCUGUUUUUUCUGUUGAUAUAAUUUGAUGGUAUCUUUUUAAUUCCUGAAUGUUUUGAAUAUUUGUAUAAAUCUUGGUCUUGAUAAAAAAACUCAAAAUAUCUUGUUCGUGUUUGACAAAUAAUGUUUUUUUCGGCUGUAAACAUUAUUUUCAUAAUAUGAAUGCAAAAAAAAAAAACAAUUAAAUUGCUUAUUGUUUCGUUCAAAACAUUUGGGAUAGAAAAUUGCUAGUAUAACUAGUUUCAUAGCCAAAAGUUAGUGUUCUGAAUUUUUUUUUAGCUCACCUGAUUGCUCAGGUGAGCUUUUGUGACCGGUCUUUGUCCGUCGUGUGUCUGUCUGUCCGUCGUCCACAUUUGGUUUGUAAACACUCUAGAGGCCACAUUUCUUGUCCGAUCUUCAUGAAACUUGGUCAGAAGCUUUGUCCCCAUGAAAACUUGGUCGUGCUGGGUCAAAAACUAGGUCACUAGGUCAAAAAAAAGAAAAAACUUGUAAACACUGUAGAAGUCACAUUUCAUGCCCAAUCUUCAUGUAACUUUGUCAAAAUGUUUGUCUUAAUGCAGUUUUCCUUAUUUGGCUAUAGAGAAACCUUGUAAACACUCUAGAAGUCACAAUUUUUGCCCAAUCAUCAUGAAAGUUGGUCAAAACAUUGGUUUUAUUGAUAUCUCAGACGAGUUCGAAAAUGGUUCAGAUCGGUGAAAAAACAUGGGCGCCAGUGGGCGAGGCAUUUUUCUCUAUAUGUAUAUAGUGAAAACAUGUGAACACUCGAGAAGUCACAUUUUUGGCCUAAUUUUCAUGAAAUCUGGUCAGAACAUUUGUUUCCUUGAUAUGAGAGUUGAGUUAGAAAAUGGGUCGGGUCAGUUUAAUAACAUGGCUGCCGGGAGGGGGGGGGCCGUUUUCUUAUAUUUAUAAAGUAAAAAUAGCUUUCAACACUCUAGAAGUCACAUUUUUUGCCCAAUCAUCACAAAACUUGGUGAAAAGAUUGGUUUUAUAUAUAUCACAUAAUUUAUGCCAUAAUUAUUGCCCUUAUAUUUUCCAAAUUUUCAUUAUAUUGUACAAAAUCCUUGUAAACACUCUAGAGGUCACAAUUUUGUUUCAGAUUUUAUGAAUCUUGGUCAUAAUAUUUAUUUUUGUAAGCAAAGUUUGAUGUUUGGUUAGGGGGGUCUACUCAAAAUAUAGGUCAACAGGUCAAAUCUUACAAAAACAAAAUCACUCCAUAUGCCAGAGUUUUGGUUCAAUAAUGAUGAAACUUGACCAGGAUGUUUGUCUGGACAAUAUCUAGGUCAAGUUUGACGUUUGGUAAAGAUUGAAUGAACCUCUCAGGUGAGCGAACUAGGGCCAUCUUGGCCCUCUUGUUUAUCAUUCCACAGCUGAACAAUAAAUGACCAUGACAAACCAAUUAUCCAGUAAAGUGUUUCAAAAAAAACUAUUUUAUGGCAAGUAUCCAUGCUAUUGUUCAAGGGUGCAAUUUCAGUGAUGCAAUUUCAGUGUACAAAAUCAAAGAUUUACUUGUUGGUUUAUCAAUGAGCCAUAUGUUUAACAACAGUCCUUCAUGAAACACAGUUUGUAAAUGUGAUCACAUGGUUGGCAACAGUUUCAAACGUUUUCAUUAACAAAACUGUUCAUGUCUUGCUAUAUAUUCAUUUGAUAAGACUAUCUUGUAUCAUACUUGUUAAAACGCUCAAAUCUUUGUCUUCUUGCUCACUCUUCUUCAACUUUAGUCAUAAUUCUUAUGCAAGUUUUCAGUGCUUUACUCUUCCGAUGUUGGUUUAUGGACAGAAAUAUAGUAUCUGGCACGAGUUGUCAUAUCAUACCAUAUUUUAUUAAACGAGUUUAGAAAUUUUGUUAGUAAGCGAGCCUUUGGCGAGCUUACUAACGAAUUUCCUGGACAAAUUUAAUAAAAUAUGGUAUGAUAUGACAACGAGUGUCAGAUCUUUUUUAUCACAUGCUUUUAAAUGAGCAAAUUAAAUAAUAUUUACGCAAACAUAAUGAUAAAUCCCGAAUGUUGUUUACAUUUCGUGACGUCAUUUGACGCUGCAACGUCAUUUCAGCAAAAUAACAAAAUGCGAUUGGUCAAUAAACGAAAACUAAGCCAAUGAAAACACUUAACAAUGUUGUAUUACACAUGUGUAAUAAAAAAAAAUAUGUAAUGGUUGUAUUACAUGGGAAACAAGGUAUAACAUGUGAUAAAAGGUCUUAUUGUAUAAAGCAAAGUUAUAACUUUGAGACUGAGCCAUAGAAAAGUAUAAAAUAAAAAGAGAAAUAUAACAUGAUAUUCUUAAUUAAAUGUUAUGUAAAGUGAUAUCCAUUUAGGCAAGUUAGAAAAGAAAAGAACACAAUAAGUAGAAUACAUGAGUUAGAACUUUGUAAUCAUAAUGCUGGUUGUCUUGACAAUAUAGACUGUGUCUACUGGUUUCUGAGAUCUGAAUAUGUUCUAAUGAAUCUUUGAAUAUCAGAUAAUGAUGUUUGUUCAAAUUAUACAUAGACAUGUAUUUUAAUUAGUUCUUACUUUCAAAUUAGUUUUCUGUAUUGUUUUGUGCAUACUGAGUUCCAUGUCAAUGUACUUGACAAUGUGUACAUGCCUGCAUGGAGCCGUCAACUCAAGCAUGGUUGGACAUCAGGUGUCCUUUAACCCAUUCAUGCCUAGUGGACUCUCCCAUGUCUUGUAUAUUUAUUUCUAUAUUUAAAAUAUUUCUUACAGAAACUCCUAUAGGCAAACAGGGCAGACCCUGAUGAGACGCCGCAUCAUUUGGGUCUACACUGUUUGCCAAGGCCUUUUUUUCUAGACGCUAGGCAUAAAUGGGUUAAACACAUGAAAUUUUAAUUUAGUACCACUAUAAACUAUUAAGAUAGAUUCAUGAACCUUAACAAUUUUGUUUGUGUGUAAAAUGUUAUUUGAUAGAAAUUUAAAAAAAAACAGGUUUUAUUCAAUUGCCAAAAAAUACAAAUUGCGGAUAAUUAUAGCGUGAAGUGUAAAAGGGUAUGGGCAGAAUUGUUAAAACUACUGUACCAACAAUGUUCAUUUCUACAGAUUACUCCAUUGCUUCAUCCAAAAAGUUGUUUUCUGUAUUAAAUGUACAUUUGCCAUUUUCUGUACAGUUGUGUUGUUGUAGAGACUGUGUACAGAGCAUUGCCAUGUGGCGGCAACACAUCUGGGCGCCACUAGCUUCAGUUACAAUAUUAUAUCUUAGUCCCUAUCAUGUGAUCAUUAUUUAUCUAAUAAAACAAACUAUACUUAA